ACAGCUCCUUAGCCUCCUCUACUGAAAGGGACAAUGGCCCUUUAAAAGCAGAGGGCGGGCCCCAUGCAUUGCUGUGGCUGAUAAAGACUGAGAAGUGGCUACUGUUUGUAGGGAGAUUAUUGUGUCAGUGUGCACUGCGCUCAGUAGAGACAGCCGGGGCGAAGGGGACGGGGGAUUAACCUCUGAUUGCAGAGAGUAAGCCCGUCCCUUCCAUAGUAAAUGGCUCCACAUGUUUCUUGGACCCUAAGCAUCCUGCUGCUGGGGAGUGUGGUCUUUCCAGGAGGUCUGGCGUUCUUCCCAAAUUUCUGGACCAAGUUUUUGGGGCUGACAUGGAAAUCGUAUACACACCAGGACCUGACUGAGGACGCCAUUCUCAAUGUCACCCUACAAAUCCUAUUGGACCAUAAACACCCCACUCGACCUCCUAUAAACGUGCGAGAAUUCCAGGGCAAGACGCUGAUUGCAGACGAUAUCUUGAGAGCAUAUUUUGGGGAGGAAGCGUCUGCACGUCAAUUCAGAGCCUCCAUGCAACAAAUAGUCAAUGCCAAUGCCAACAUGGACUUCUUCAGUGGGACCCGAGACGACCCGCUGUGCCAUUUUGACUCUGAGAGAUUGUUAUCAGGAAACAGCCGCCUCUUGAGAUCCCGGGAGAAGCUCCUAGAAGCUGUGAUAGCAAAAGAUUAUGAGGGGGCUCGGCAGAAACUAGGUCAAAUAUUGCACUCUCUGCAGGAUUUCUACAGUCACACUAACUGGGUGGAGAUGGGUAACAAGGACAUUAACACCGAUCUGGCUUCUCCAGGAAAACAAGUCAACUCUCUGGCCAGAGCCUCCGACCAGACCUGUACGGAUUGUUCUGACAGCUUGUGCCAGAAUAACAUUGCUGACUUUAUUAAUAAAAACAAACUCCUGACAUCGGGAUACUACGGAGAGACACCCAACAAGCCUCAAGGAAAAUGUAGCCAUGGGGGUCCUUUUGAUGACAGCCGCCAUCGCAGUGCACUUGGAGGGAUCAACAAGGACACAGCCUCGUUCAUCUAUUCCCCCCACCACUUCCUUCAUCACAAGGCAGCCAAGUUGGCUCUUGAGGCUUCCAUUAACUUUCUGAGUGAGCUGAAGAUAGAUAUAACAGACAAAGAGAUGCUGAGGCUCCUGGGAGUCUCUUCCUUUCCAGCUCUGAGCUUUGUUGUCGAUACUACUGGCAGCAUGGGAGAGGAGAUCACAGCAGUCCGACGCCAGGCCCACAAUAUAAUUUACCGUCAGAACAUGCUUCCUCCUGACCACUUCAUUCUGGUUCCCUUCCACGACCCAGGUUUUGGACCUCUUUUGGAGACCAGUAACCCUAGAGAAUUUCUAGAUCACUUGGAUUCUUUAAUUGCUCUAGGAGGGGGAGAUGAACCAGAAAUGUGUCUAUCAGCUCUGCAGCUGGCUCUGAUCCACACCCCUCCUUAUUCCGAAAUCUUUGUGUUCACGGACGCUUCAUCCAAAGACAUGGAGUUGAGGAGCUCAGUGGAGGCUCUGAUCCAGGAGAGAAAGAUCAAGGUAUCUUUCCUGAUCACUGAGGAUCCCGACAGGAUGCAGGGCCGUAGGCGUAAGAGGAGGGAACUGUUACGCCAGGACAGGUUUAAUCUCUAUUCUGAACUCGCUUUCACAUCCGGCGGACAGAUCAUCUUCUCCAACAAUGAAGACAUUGAUGCCGUGACAGACAUAAUUAAAGAGUCUUCACACUUUGAUAUUGUGAAUCUGCUUGAUGUGAAGAGCGAGAAGAGGGGUGAAGCCACCCACGUGUUCGAGAUUGAUCAUUUCAUACGUAACGUCACUCUCUUUAUAAAUGGCGAUAUCAGAGGAAUCAAUGUCUAUAACCCUGACGGCCACAUUCAAAUAGUCAAAAACCACAGGGAAGGCUUGUUUACACGAAUAACCCUAGAAGAUCCUCUAAUGGUGGGGAAUUGGAGCGUCGCUGUCAAAAACACGAACCCAUACACAUUGCAUGUGCAAGGACGGAGUUCUUUUGACUUUCUGUACUAUUUUGGGUCUUUCCUGAAUGGGUCUCACCCUGGACUUUAUAAAUACACCAACCAACCAGUGGCAGGUGUUCCUUCAGUCUUGGUUGUUGAAGCCAUUGGCCUCCCAGAGGCUGCUCACCUGGACCAAGUCUCCCUGACCUUCACUCAAGGAGAGACGCAUAUGUUGCCACUGGAACCGACCAAUCAGAGCAGGCUCCUGAUUGCAGAGGUGGGACACCUGCCCAUUGGUGAGUUCAGAGUCGGGGUGACCGGCCAGGAUGGCACUGGGCAUGUACUUCACCGGGAGGCCCCACAGCAUGGGAAAGCUGCGGAAUGUGUGAUGGAGAUAUCCACGGUGCUUGAACAUGGCCUGGCUGAAGGAGAAAGGCACCUAAUGUCACUUAUGGUCACUAAAUACGGUUCCUCUAACUGCUACGCGAUCAAACUGAGCACCGAUAACAAAGAUUUCAAAGUGUGGACUGAUGUAAACAGGGUCGAGUUUGGCGAUACGAACAGCGUGAAUGCAUCAGAAUUCUGGAUCGAAGCUCCGACCACAAUGAACACAGAUUCAAUGCUGACUGUUACAGCGACAGCCGCAAGCUGUCACGAUAAAACCAAAAGUUGUUUCACCAUGCAACGGCUGCCUGUGAAAAAGAAGCCAGAGGCAAUUCCUCUGAUUUUCCCAAAUUGUACCAUCCUUUCUUACUCUGGCAUAUGUCCACUCUCUGAGCUUCCAAACCCGUGCAAGCAGCACCCCUGGAGUGUCACCUUCCUAGGACUGCAUUCCGACGGCAUUGAAUCAGUUCGAGUUCUACACGGCGCAGGCUCUGUCCUGCAUGAGACAGAUGGGAUUUAUGAACAUAUUCAUUUCACAUCAGACUGCUGCUCAAAGGAAGUGGAACUUCUGCUAAUCUCCUACACGAAAACGAGUGGCUAUUGCCAUGCACGUGCCCUUUCUGCUUCCGCACUGCCGAGUCAAGACAAACUCAUGAUGUUUUUGGUUGGCAUAAUAUUUAUAUGGAUCAACUCUUGGUAGAGAUAUAUUACCCCAUUUUUGGACUGAUUUGGCAUUUCCAACAAUGGCUAUUUUAAUAUUUUGGUUCCGAAGAAGAAGCUUGUACCACGUCUUUCAGUCAUCUUGGAUUGUAGAGAGAAGAAAACCCAGAUAUUGGCGUGGAUUUAUACAGCCAAAAGAAAAAUGAGAGAGAGAGAGAGAGAUUUCUGAAUAUUUAACGUUCUAAACUCAGAAGCACAAAAUACCUUUUUCCGUCCAUGUGUGAUUGGACUGCUGCACAUCAUUGACCACAAACGGUGUGAUCAUUAAUUUCUGUUGCACCAGCUGAGCAUUCUGGGAUAUCAUGACACUGAGUGACAGCAAGUCUCUACCGUUGAUGUUUGUAAUAAGUAAUAUUAAAUUAUGUGUGAAUGCAUGUGAAUGUGUAGAUAUUAUGCUUCUUGUCGAUGCAUUUAAAAAAAAAAAAAUUGUGGUUGUUGUUUAAUAAAAUGAAUUUACAUUUUCUUGUCACUACAUUUAGCACUUAAAGGAACACUCCAGAACCCUAAAGCACUUUAGCUAGCUGAAACGUUUUAUGAGUGAAGAGUGUCUUUUGGAUAAAGCGUAGAUUUCAAUAGAAAUUUACAUAUUUUUAUAAAUUAUAUUGGUUUCACCCGCUGGCUUUUCGAGGAGACAACAGGUCCGGUUACUUCCUGGUUUAGUUACAUUAUUUGUACUGAACUCAAGAGGCAGCAAUUGCUCAGAGCACCUGCCUUGCAAAGACUUCUCAUUGAGCUGCAUUGGGAAAUCUGUGAUUGGACAGCCACAGAAAGUCUGGGCGGGGUUAGAAGGGGAGGGCUUGUUAGGGCUGCAGACCAGAGAUCUGCAUUUUUUACAAGCUGUGUUUAGGUAAACCACCAAUUAAAUAAUGCAUAAUUAACGUAUGAAUGUUUUCAUUUAGAGUAUAUCUACUAAACAGUGAUUUUUUAU